AGGCAGUCGGCCACUCACUCGUCCGUGCGUGUUCAGUCAGGGAGAAGUACAAGGUAGGUGGGUGGGUCUAUCGGCCGGUCGGUCAAAACGCCCUAGCGGCUCCAUGCGACAGACAAGUUGCGGGAGGGAAGCAGACAGACAGACAGCUAGGCUAGCCCACCAAACUGACUCAUCCAUCCAUCCAUCCAUCUGAGCAGCCAUGGAUGCAGUAUAUAUAAUGCAGGCACGCAUGACAGACAGACAGACAGACAGGAAAAGAGCGACAAAGAGCAGUUAGUUAGUUAUGUCACCCCCACCCACCUAGCUAGCCCCCCCUUGUGUGUGUCAUCCGUUCAGUUCUUGGAUGUCCUGCUGCACCUUUGAUGCAUCGCCCUUGGCCAUCCCCUGCUCCCACUGGAUGAGCCGCUCCACCCCGUUGGCCACCUCAGAAAUGAUGUCGGCCUCACUCGCCCCCAUCGCCCGGGCGUUGGUGACGUCGAAGAGCCCCUCGCCCGACGGCUCUGGGCGCACGCGCACCCCCAUGUGUGCGAUGGCCGACGGGGGGAAGGACGACAGGGCGGCCAGGUGCGGCAGCUUCAUAAGCAGCGACAACUUGAGACCCGUGCCCCACAUCGAUGGACAGCUCGUGAUGUGCCUGCAGCCAUCGGCAAUACACACCAGCGCAGCGCAGAGAGCAUUGAGUUGAGAGACAUCGGCCCGGCGAGAUGUCCAGCGUACCCGAAUUGUUCGUCGACAAUGAAUGAGGCGUCCUUGCUGGCGAGGUAUGUGUCGAGUUGCGUCACGGCCUCGCGCAUGAGUGUGACGACCGCCUUGACGUCACCGCCCUUCUUGAUGACCAUGAGCUUCAGGUGGUCGUCCUCAUUCACCCAAGCCAGCACCUCACGGCUGGUCGACAGGAAGAAUCCCCGACCAUCAGGCCACCCCUCACCCAUUUUGGUGGUCUUCAAGGCGGUGUGAGUAAGUGAUUGGGAGAAGCGGGACAGACAGUGUUGAGAGCCACACACACAGAGACACAGACGACCAUUGAUAUAUGCUGCGGCACACAUUCAUUGUGUCAGUCACUGUCCGCGUAGUACCCACCUGGAAGUAUGGCGACGUGGGGCUGCUGAACAGCUGCUGCUCGUCAACAAACUGCUGACGGAACUCGGGAGACAUCUCGGCCAGCCGGUGAUACUGACCCGCCACCUCACCCGUCAGCCCGCUCAGCCCAUCGCCCAGCAGCUGCUCCGUCGCGGCCCUUUCUUUGGCAUCCAUGGCCGGCGGCAGUGCAAAUCCCCCGAUAGAUCUGUUGAUUCUCAGUCUGGCGGAGAGGAUGACAUUGCCUGAGGGGUCCCAGCUGUCGGCCUUGAUGUGUGUGGGGUCGAUCAGCAUCGGUGAGGGGGUCGGGUGCCGCCCAUUGGGGCCGAGGCCGUGACGCUUCGCCACCACCAGGCCGUAGAAGUCGCGGAACAGACUCACACUCUCCUCGUCGCCAACGACACAACCGACUGCUGCGUCUGACGAGGGAGAGGCGUCCUCGAUGCCGCACUUGGUCGCCCUGCAUGACAAAAGGAGAGGCCACGGCAGGGCAGCCUUGGCCAGUGUCUCCCCUCCCCUGUGUGGUGUGUGUGGAUACAAACAUUUCCAGUGUGAAGUCGUUGCGGCUUUUGACGCCCUUGUAUUUCUCUGCCAGCUCUGGGUGGGCCUUCAGGAUAUCCCGCACGGCUUGGCCUCCCGCCGUGGCACUUGGAGCGGCGGCAACUGCACACAAGAAUGGAAUGCACACCAGACACAGAGGGCUGGGCUCUUUCCUCCCCCUCUGUUGCUGCAGUGUACCUCCCGCCCCCGCUCACCAUCCGCAGGACCAUGGUCAGGUUCUCUGGUCUCCUUCUUCUCUAUCGGCAGCUCUUUAGGCUCCUCCUUCUCUGUCGGCGCCUCCGCGUCCUUCUUGGGCUGCUCUUUGGGCGGCACCUCCACCUUCUCCACCUUCUCCGCCUUUGCCUUUGGCUCUGGUCUCUUGAACCCCCUUUGCGUGACCUUCCGCACCUCAUCCUGCACGGCCGCCGACCCGCCCUCCUUGUCCAACAUGGCCUCCCAGGCAAUCAGCUGCUUGACGCCCUCCCCCACCACCUCGAGUAUCUCGUCCUCAGUCAUGCCCGCCUUGGCGAUGUUGCCCACGUCGAGCGCCCCAUCGGCCGCUGCAUCCCCGAAGCGGCCGUCAGGUGCUGGAGAAAUGUAGAGACCCAGCGCUGCCAGCAGGGCCGUGGCCUUGUCGUCUGGUUGCUGCGUGGCGCGAGGCGUCUUGGCGAGGGGCUUGAAGGCGAGCAGGGUCGCCAGGUUGGGGACGCGGAGCACCACCGAGACAUGAAGGCCGGUGCCCCAGUUGGAAGGGCUACUUGUGAUGUACCUGACACAUUGAUGGGAUGGGAUGGAUGGGUGGACGGAGAGAGCAGAGACACCCAUGUCCGUGCCGCCCCGACCCGACCUACCCGAAUUGUUGAUCGAUGAGGAAGUCGGCCUUGUCUUGUUUGAGUGCGUUGCUGAGCUCGGUCAUCAAGUACUGCGUUUUGGUGAUGAGUGUCUUGAGGUCUGCGUUGGGCUGCAGCGCCACCACGCGCAGAUGGUCGUCCUCGUUGACCCACACCAGCACGCUUUUGUCGUCGGUCAUGUACAGACCACGGCCGUCAGGCCAGUCACGGCCGAUGCGAGACGACUGCAUCCAUCACACACAGACAUGAACAAACCACACACACAAGAGCGAUGCGAUCAGCAGGUCUAUGCAUAGAUCUAUGCGAUGCGCAUGUGUUGUCCAGUCAGUCCACCUGGCAGUAUUGCGAAUCUGGUGGAGUGAAGAGCAUCUUGUCGAUCACCAGGUCGUCACGGUCGGCAGCAGCCAUCUUGGCCAGCGGGAAGUAGCGGCCCUUCAGCUCCCCCGUCAGCCGACACAGUGCAUUGGCAACCACCGACUCCACCUUGCGACGCUCGCCGCGCGUGCACUGCGGCGGCAGUGCAAAUCCCCUGAUAGAUCUGUUGAUCCUCAAUCUGGCGGAGAGGAUGACAUUGCCUGAGGGGUCCCAGCUGUCGGCCUUGAUGUGUGUGGGGUCGAUCAGCAUCGGUGAGGGGGCCGGGUGCCGCCCAUUGGGGCCGAGGCCGUGACGCUUCGCCACCACAAGGCCGUAGAAGUCGCGGAACAGACUCACACUCUCCUCGUCGCCAACCACACAGCCGAGGAUGCCCUCGUCUGCACAAUCGAGGCCGCACUGGAUGCACCUGAAUGAAAUAAACCGGACGACAUCAGACAAUGAGACAGCAAUGAGUGUCUCUGUGGCCGUCCCCCACUCACUCACUGGUCGAAAGUGAAGCCGGUGUUCGUGACGGUGGUUCUGUAUCUGUAGUAGAGGUCUUGUCUCUCCAUCAGCACCUCAGCCAUGAUGGUGUUGGAUGUCUCCAGCAGGGGGAAGUCCAACGUCGGGUCCAGAUACAAAGCAGGGUUGGAACUCUUACCGCCUGGGUCAAAGGCAAAGGGCACAGCCAACCAACCACUGUGUUUGUUUGUUCGUUCCAUGGCAUGCAUGUCUCACCGGUAGGGAUCGGCCCGCUGGGUGAUGCUCCCGGCUUCGCACCCUCAACCUUCAGCUUCUCGAGGUACCGCACCUGCAGGCAGGCAGGCAGGCAGACAGACGGGAAGCGUGUGUGUGUGUGUGUGUGUGUCCCCACCCUACCUACCAUGUACUCGAGUGGUUCUUUGGGUUUGUCGAUGAGUAUCUGCUGCACCAUGGUCUGCAGCACGGUCUGCAGGUUGUGCUCGUCGAGGUACUUCUGUGCGUUGAGGGCCGCCUGAUGUCGGCUCUGCCGCCUCUCCGUCUGCUUCUUGGCCGCCGGAUCGGUCAGCUGGGCGUUGAUCUUGAGCGUCAGGGACUGCGCGCCGGUGCCCGCUGGGUUGGGGAUGGAGAUGAUCUCGUCGACAUUGCUUUUCUGCUUCAACUUGGCCGUGCUCAGCUGCGUGCCACCCAACUGCACACACACACACACACACAUGAACCACACACACAUGAACCAAUCAGACAGAGAGGGGACUCUCUAGUCGUGUUGUGCACGCGACCCUUUUUGCGAUGCAACAUGUCUACAGCGUUUUACAUACCAUGGAAAGGACCUCCACUUUGAACGUGUUUGAGCUGGCCGACGGGAAGCGGAAGGGCUGUGUGCGGCAGACACAGGGACAGGACUCGAUGUGCGGCAGUAUAUCUUAGUGCUGGUCAGUGAGUCUAGAGCUCAUUGACCUCAUUGAGUUUGAGUGGUGCCUGUCGUCUGGUGUCGCCGACGCGUAUGGACACAUAGGAGCGAGGGGGGAAGCUGUUGGCCUCAGUCACCGUCACCUCCAUCGCUGGACAACAAAUUUAAUCGACACUGGCUGGCUGGCUGGCUGGUUGGCUGCAUAUGAAACAACAAAGGGAGAUUCCUUUCGGUGGGCCCUGUGGAUCCCCUUCCCCCCUCACCUCACCAAGGGCCUCUCGAGCUUUUCGUUCACUUGGGCUGGCGCAUGCAGUGCCCCUGCGUGUCUGUGGCGAGGGGCCGUCACGAAAGGAUCAAUACAGGGUCUCCGUCACUCAAAACCCUCCAAGAAAAG